GGGUAAGGAACGGGAGCGGGAGGGCGGGCAGGAUAAAGGGCAGGUGGUAAAGUGCUGGGGCUGGUUUGGCAGCGCUGCCUGGGCACCGGGAGCAGCCGGGAGCAGAGGCUUUAGGGAGCGGGGCUGCGGGGGAGUGCCGGUUCGGUGGUGUCGCUCUCUGCCGAGCUCGGGCGUGUGGCGCUGCCCCGUGCCCCGGCUCUGCCCCUCGUGGCCCGCUCGUGUCUGGCUCUCCUGAGCCGUCCACAACUUUGGCUUCAUUCGCAGAGCCGCCUGAAGCUCGGGUCCGGAGCUUUUCUGUGCUUCCCGCUUCUGUGCAGGGUGGCCCUGAUCCAUCCAGUAAAUGGAUCGUCUUGGAUAGAGAUAACUUGAGAGCCUGCGGUUCUGUGUGCCUUGAGGCACAGGUGGUGCUUGGCACUAAGUUUAAUGUUUGCCGCCUUUUUAAGUGGCGUUGUGUUAAACAUUUCUCACAUGCUGACGUGCCUGCUUAACAAAAGAUCCCUUUUAUUGUGUAGUAAUCAGCAAAUGAAUAGGGUCCGUUUCAGGGACUAACAGGAAGAGUAUGUUUAUGUAGUUAUUUAUUUGUCUUUAAUUUUUUAUGGGAAGCACUUGUUUUGAAAGCAGUUUUUCUUUAUUGCGUUGUUAACAGGGCAGCUGAGUGAAACUAAUUUGGCUAUUGUUUAGUGCAUGUUGAACAGGGAAGAGAAAAUGGUAAAAAACAGCACAGCUAGUGAAAGUUACACUGGCAUAAUAUUUAUAAUUUUUAAGUAGGUGUCUUUUACACCAAAGGUAGGCAACAUGAUUUAUCUUUGUCUUUUAAGUUACGGUGCAAAUCCUGUAUUGGUCACUGCUUUUCAUUUUCCCUCUUUCAAACAGUGGUUACUGUAAAUACAGUAGAAUAAAAAUCCAUCUCUUCCCACAGAAUUUAUGGUCUAAUUAGAGAAAAAUGUGCUGGGAAAAAUACAGUGAGCAAAUAGUGCAAUGUCUUACUAGGUUUGGUUAGUUCUGUAUUGCACAUUUCAUUUGAUUGUGUAUGUCUGUGUCUGCUUUUGUCUCAGUAAGCUUCCAAGGAUUAAUAAACACAUUUAAUGGCUAGGUAGUAGUUUUGUGAAAAUACUUAAGUGAGAAUGGGUAACCAGAUUGUUAAAUCUUUGAAUUGAAAAUCUGUGCAUAAAUCCACAAGGAAUAUAGACUCUGCAGAGCUCCAUCAGUGAGGAAGAGCACCAGUAUUGGAAAUAAAAAAUAUAGGAAGCAACUUUAUAGUGUCAGUGCUUGGAGACAAAAUGUUGGGAGGAAUUCUCACAAGUAAAAUAUGGGAGAGGGGUUGGGUGUGGCAGUGUAAGGGUGUACAGCACAGUUGAAGUGAUGAUUCAAGAAGGCCUUUCUUCUCACAGGAAACAAUGAGAUGUGUAACAGGGACACAGGAAAUGUCCACCUUGCAAGGCUCUCUGAGAGGAAAGUCUGUGAGAUGUUCAGUUACUGUGUCUUCACUGGAUGAUUUCUACCACAGAGGUGCACUUAGGAUAUAGAGUCUACCUCAACUUCCAUGCUGUCAAGAUUUGCCCAAGUAAAAUAUCUUGUGGUGAAGAACUUCAUCUCAGGAAGAAGAUGAAAGAUAAUGUUGCUGAAGAACAUUUAUAUUUGGCUUUUUCUCAUCAGUACAGAGAUAGUAUCUUUCCUCUUCAUACAUCUAUCUCUCUGUUUUUGCUAUCCUACUGUGACUGCAAAUUAUUUAAAGUUUUUUUAGUGCCAACUGGCGAAGAUGUGGAUGAUCAGUGUGUGACAAAAAACCUCGCUGGCGACCUUGAGGUCCACUUAAUCUCCAGGUGUCAGCUUCCAGUGGUUGUGCAGAGCUGCACUUUACCUGCUGUUGUCGUGAAAGAUGACAAAUUCUGCCGAGCUGGGCUUUCUGUGGUCUUAAGACACAUAAUACAGAAAACAUUCGAGGCAGAUCCAUCUAAAAAGGAGGUUUUGGAACUCUUGGGCUUUAAGAAGACCUGCUUAAAAGCCUGUGCUGAAGUUAGCCAGUGGACCAGGCUCUGUGAGAUCAGCAUACCUCUGGCUGUUGAACGAUUUUUGACAGCCUCUCCUGAGCACUGCCAGGCUAUUCCUCCUGACAUUUUACUGUUGGAAAGGAAGCUUGGAGAACCUGUCCGAGUACAUAAUGAUGACAAAAUUCGAAGGCAGAAACUUCAACAACAGAAGGCAGGUGCCAAGGCUGCAGUGCCUGUGCUUGGUGAAGAAGCAACAGAGGGAUUAAGACCAGGAGAAGUCCAUGAACAUCCACCCUCAAGUUUGGAACUGAGUGUAGCUUUCUCCAAACUACUUGCCCAGGAAGCACCAGAUGGAAUCAACAGGGAGGCCCCUCACAUCAGGAGAACAAAAACCUCUGACCUCCCGCUCUUGGACCACGUUUUUGCAGAAGGGCUUUAUUUUACUGUGGCAGAUCUAGUGCUUUUGCCAUGCAUCCAUCAGUUCUUGGUUUCCAGCAAGAAGCAAGGCAAAAAUCUGGUAAACUUGCCACUGAUAUCCAGUUGGUAUCGAAGAGUUCAAGAAGUACCUGGGGUAAAGAAAGCUGCUGACAAAUGCAAAAUGGAGCUGCUCCAGCUUCCAGAGUUGGUGUCUCCUCCCAAGGAACAGCUACAGGACUCUGCUUCAGUUCCUGAUGAGUUAGAAGAGGAUCAUGAAGACAGUCAUUUUAUAGGUGGUCCAAGGCCAACCAUGACUAAGUUAAUGGAAAAUGGAAUUGAAGCAAAGUUUGCUCCUCAUCCAUCCCCCAGCUGGACCCUAGACUGGACCAGUCUCCCAUCUGCAGUCAGUCCUGGGGAAGGAAAGAUGUCUCGAGACCGGGCUCUCAGGAAGCAGCAGCAGCUGAACAAUUUGGUAGCAGCAGUGACAAAACUUGCAAAACCUGGAGAUUUGAUUGUGGAUUUUUGCAGUGGAGGGGGCCAUGUUGGAAUUGUUCUUGCUUAUAUGAUGCCAUCAUGUCAGGUGGUACUCAUAGAAAAUAAGGAGUUAUCUCUGAUCCGUGCUAAAGACAGAAGUGAUGAACUAGGUUUAAACAACAUUUGGUUUAUUCAAGCAAAUUUGGACUAUUUUAAUGGGACUUUUAACAUUGGGGUGGCCUUGCAUGCCUGUGGGGUGGCCACAGACAUGGUGAUUGAGCACUGCCUCAGGGCACGGGCAGCCUUUGUCAUCUCCCCCUGCUGCUACGGCUUCAUUCAAAAUACAGUCAAGUUCAAAUAUCCACGAAGUCAUCAGUUCAAAGAAAUUUUGUCCUACAAGGAGCACAUGAUUCUUUGCAGAUUUGCAGAUCAGACAGCUGUUCAGCUUCCACCUGAACGCAGGCUAAUUGGAAAGCAGUGUAUGGGACUUGUGGAUCUGGAUCGGGCAUGGGCUGCAGAAGAACAUAACUAUUCUGUCCAAGUUAUAUCUAUGGAGCCAGAGAGUUGCUCUCCAAAGAACAAUAUGUUUGUGGGCAUCCCUACUUAGAGUGUGAAGCUUGCAUUCGAUUUGAAGCUGAACAUAAAUCUUCAGUGCAUAAUGACAUCCAGCAGAUAGAGGCAGCGCUGGGAAGCAGACAUCCCGCAUCUUGAACGCAUUGCCUUCAGAAAGGGAAGCAGCCCCCAAAGGCCUGAAAAGCAAACUGCAUGCAGAGCAUCACAAAUCAACUUGUAAUGUGUCAUUAAGCUACUUUUGGUUCUCAUACUGAGAAGUUUCUGGAUCUAAUGACUGUGCAUGGAAUUAUAUCCAUCUGUAAAAGUUUAGAAAAAACUGGCUUUGUUGAAGGAAAGGUGAUUUCCUUUUCAGUAAAGCUGUGUCUUGGCUGCUUGGAAAUUGCAUUCGUGGUCAAAACAGCAUUUGUGUUCAUAAGCAGAGCAGUUAUCAGCCAGCAGUGCUGAUCACCAGAGGAAGAGAGAAGAUCAAAUUUAUUGUUUUACUGAAGAUGGCUGUGCAACAGGUGGUGGCCUGACUUUGCUAAAGAAUUCCAUACUACUAUAGGAAGAUUAUUUUUAAUAAAAGUUCAUCAGAAUA